CGAUCGGCCAAAAGUUGCGCCGAACACGCAGAUACAGAGCUCCUGUGACGUGUUCAGCUUUGCAUCCAUCGCUGCGAUCGAUGAGCCAGCGAUGCCGUGUCGCGCGCAGCUUUGAGAGCAGAAAAUGAAGCUUGCGGCUGCACUGCUGCUGUGCGCGGCGCUGGCACGCGCGACCGAUGCGACCGAUGAAUGCGCGUCGUCGCUUGCGAUAGAAGACGUGGAGCGAUACAAGAGAGACGGCUACGUCAUCAUCCGAAACCUCUUCUCUGCCGCCGAGGCCGACGUGCUGCGACGAGCGAUCGAGACGGACCCGCUCGUCGCGUCAAAUGACAUGCCGAUGGUCGACAGUGCUGGAGCGCGGUCGAAGUUGACGCUCUGGAAUCAAGCAGGCAACGACACCUUCGGAUAUUUCGCUCGUGGCAGACGAUGGGUGAACGCAGCGAGGCGUUUGAUUGGAUCUCCAAUCUAUCACUUCCACACAAAAGUCAUGUUGAAAGAACCGCGAGUGGGCGGCACGUGGGAAUGGCACCAAGAUUUCGGUUAUUGGUAUCAGGUCGGCUGCCUCGAGCCCGACAAAAUGCUGUCGGCGAUUCUAGCUGUGGACAACCACACUAUUGAGAACGGCUGCAUGCAACUCCUGAGCGGCUCGCAUCGGGUCGGCCGUUUAGCGCACGGCGUGAGUGGCGAACAAGCGGGCGUCGACCAAGAGGCCUUGGGGAGAGCGGUGAAGAGAUUUCCCCUGGUCUACGCUACGAUGCGGCCAGGCGAUGUAUUAUUCACGCACUCGAAUCUGCUCCACAGCUCGGCGCCGAACGAGUCGCCGAGCUGGCGACGAUCGCUCAUCGUCGCGUAUAACGCGAUCGAGAACCCGCCGCGGCCAGACACAAUAUGUCCUCUGCCCGCCGAAGCACCACUCGAGCCGCUCUUCGACGACGCCGAGAUUCUGGCGCGCGGCGUCGUGCGGAUCGACCCGGCGCGAGACUUCCUCGACCACGCGCGGAACGCGGCGCAGUUUAGUAAAGGGAGUAGCUAACUUGAACAGACA